AUGCACCUUGUACCCAAGGAGCUCGACAAGCUCGUCAUCUCACAGCUUGGUCUGCUUGCCCAGCGGAGGUUGGCGCGAGGAGUCAAGCUUAACCAUGCCGAGGCGACGGCCCUUAUCACCAACAACAUCCAAGAACUCAUCCGCGAUGGCAACCACACCGUCGCCGACCUCAUGGCCCUCGGCGCCACCAUGCUCGGCCGGCGGCAUGUGAUGCCCUCCGUCUGCCACACCCUGCGCGAGAUCCAGGUCGAGGGCACCUUUCCCACCGGCACCUACCUGGUGACCGUCCACAACCCCAUCAGCACCGACGAUGGGGACCUGGCCCGCGCCCUCUACGGCAGCUUCCUGCCGGUCCCGCGCGGCGCCGAGGCCGACGCGCUCUUCCCCGCCGAGCUCGACGCCGCCGCCUUCGCGCCCGCGCGCCAGCCCGGCGCCCUCGUCCCGCUCAAGGCCGAAAAGAUCACCCUGAACCCCGGCCGCCGCCGCAUCAGCCUGCGCGUCACCAGCCGCGGCGACCGCCCCAUCCAGGUCGGCUCCCACUACCACUUCAUCGAGGCCAACCCGGAGCUCGCCUUCGACCGCGGCCGCGCCUACGGCUUCCGCCUCGACAUCCCCGCCGGCACCUCGUACCGCUUCGAGCCCGGCGACGCCAAGACGGUCACGCUCGUCGAGAUCGCCGGCCACCAGGUCAUCCGCGGCGGCAACGGCCUGGCCACCGGCGGCGUCGAGCGGUGGCGCGUCGACGACAUCGUCGAGAGGCUGCAGGCGCAGGGAUACGCGCACCUGCCCGAGCCCGACGAGAAGACGACCAACGGCAUCACCAACGGCAGCACAGCCCGGCGGAGAGGGUCGGCGACGACGAGGGCAGCGGCAGCGGCAGGCGCGGUAGCAAACCGCGUCCCGCGGGCGCCGCGGCCGUAUCGCAUGGACCGCGCCGCGUACGCCGUCAUGUUCGGCCCCACGACGGGCGACCGCGUGCGGCUCGGCGCCACGGACCUGUGGGUGCGCGUGGAGCGCGACUGCACGGCCUACGGCGACGAGUGCAAGUUCGGCGGCGGAAAGACGCUACGCGAGGGCAUGGGCCAGGCGACGGGGCGGCCGGACGCCGACGCGCUCGACCUCGUCAUCACCAACGCCCUCAUCGUCGACCACUCGGGCAUCUACAAGGCCGACAUCGGCGUCAAGGCCGGCAUGAUCGUCGGCAUCGGCAAGGCUGGCAACCCCGACGUCAUGGACGGCGUCGCGCCCAACAUGGUCGUCGGCAGCUGCACCGACGUGAUCGCGGGCGAGAACAAGAUUGUCACCGCGGGAGCCAUCGACACGCACAUUCACCUGAUCUGUCCGCAGCAGGCGCAGGAGGCGUUGGCAUCUGGCGUGACGACGUUUCUAGGGGGAGGGACCGGUCCUAGCUCCGGCUCCAAUGCCACCACGUGCACGCCCGGCAAGCACCUCAUGAAGCAGAUGCUACGGGCCUGCGACACCCUGCCCGUCAACGUAGGCAUCACGGGCAAGGGCAACGACUCGGCGCCGGCGGCGCUGCGGGAGCAGGUGGCCGCGGGGGCGUGCGGGCUCAAGAUCCACGAGGACUGGGGCGCCACCCCCUCGGCCAUCGACGCGUGCCUGACCGUGUGCGACGAGAUGGACGUGCAGUGCCUGAUCCACACGGACACGCUCAACGAGUCCGGCUUCGUCGAGUCGACCGUGGCCGCCUUCCGCGGGCGCACCAUCCACACGUACCACACCGAGGGCGCCGGCGGCGGGCACGCGCCGGACAUCAUCUCCGUCGUCGAGCGCGCCAACGUGCUCCCCUCCUCGACCAACCCGACCCGCCCCUACACGCGCAACACGCUCGACGAGCACCUCGACAUGCUCAUGGUCUGCCACCACCUCUCCAAGGACAUCCCCGAGGACGUGGCCUUUGCGGAGAGCCGCAUCCGCGCCGAGACCAUCGCCGCCGAGGACGUCCUCCACGACGUCGGCGCCAUCAGCAUGAUGAGCUCCGACUCCCAGGCCAUGGGCCGCUGCGGCGAGGUCGUCCUGCGCACGUGGAACACGGCGCACAAGAACAGGUGCCAGCGCGGGCCGCUGCCCGAGGACGAAGGGUCCGGCGCGGACAACUUUCGCGUCAAGCGCUACGUCAGCAAGUACACGGUCAACCCGGCCCUCGCGCAGGGCUUCGCGCACCUCGUCGGCAGCGUCGAGGUCGGCAAGCUGGCGGACCUGGUCAUCUGGGACCCGGCCUGGUUCGGCACCAAGCCGCACCAGGUGAUAAAGAGCGGGUUGAUAGCCUGGUCGCAGAUGGGCGACCCCAACGCGUCCAUCCCCACGGUCCAGCCCGUCAUCGGCCGGCCCAUGUUCGCGCCGCUCGUCCCCGAGACCAGCGUGCUCUUCGUCUCCCAGGCUGCCGUCGCCUCGGGCACCGUCGCCUCGUACGGCCUGCGCAAGCGCGUCGAGGCCGUCCAUGGCUGCCGCUCCGUCGGCAAGGCCGACAUGAAGUUCAACGACGCCAUGCCCCGCAUGCGCGUCGACCCGGAGAGCUACACCGUCGAGGCCGACGGCGAGGUCUGCACCGCCGAGCCCGCCGAGACUCUACCCUUGACGCAGGCGUAUUACGUGUUUUGA